AUGAAUCCAGCAGCAUCUUCAAGCUCCUCCUCUCUAGCCCUCCUAGCAGACCCUCCACUGCGUCUCAUGGACGGCGCUGCUAUGGAUUACUUUCAAAUAGAACUUGUUGAGGCUCUUCGGCACUCUUCAAGUGUAGCCAGUGCCCGCGCCAAGAAGAUCGAACAAGAGAUGAUAGAAUCUGGCCUUAUACCACCACCUCCUCCCCCUGCUCCCGCACUGAGAGUUAAGAAGGAUGUUCAGAGGGAAUCCUUGACGAGUAACGCGUCACAAAGUGCUAUUGCAAGCAAGUCUCCUCUGGAUGAGGAAGAGGAAGAAGUUCGAGUACGGUUGGAGGCGAUUGGACUUCACGUCGGUGCGAAUAUUACGGAGCGGCUAUGUCAUGACCGACCAAUCUUCUCGGACACUCUGGAUACGAUCAAGUUCAUCUGCAAGGACUUGUGGGCCACAUGUUGGGACAAGCAAGUGGACAACUUGCGGACAAAUCAUCGAGGUGUUUAUGUGCUUCAAGACAAUGCAUUCAAGCCAGUCGCUCGCGUGUCUUCUUGGGAGAGUCGAGCAGAUGCUACAAAGCGCGCGAGACUUUACGUUGCUAUGUCCGCUGGGAUCCUACGAGGAGCUCUUAUGCGGUUAGGUAUCCAAGCCGUGAUAGUCCCUGAAGUAAAUCUACCGCAGUGUACCUUUCAAGUCAAGCUGCCGAAGGGCUCGUGA